AUGGCCGAGGAAGAAGGUAGCUCAUCCGUGGGAGCUGACGGCCUGUACUCAAGGGCCGCGUACGUCGACACGCCCGCCAUUCCUGACUACCAAACCCUACACGACAAUACUCCUGCUGUUCAACAGAUCAAAGAUCUGUACUGGGACAAUCGUUGGGAUUUUACAAAAUGGCACAUGGCUUUAUUCUACAUGACCUCAAAAGACCACCUUGCAGAUUUGGCUGAAAAUCCUGAAGCAGCUCGGGAGUAUGGUAAUGGUGCUGAGCUCUUUCGCGCUCUUUUUAAUUUCGGCCGUAUCCCUGCCUCGUACAAGCUUCGAGCUCCUCAUGCCAGUGCGGCGGUGAACUUGGCGCCACCAAGUGCCUCAGUCACGUUUGACAUCUCGGCAGGCGCCUCCAAGUCUCGUGAUGCCAAUGAGGCCACCCAGGAUAGACUCAAGAGGAAAUCCUCCGUUAUUUCAUUGACUGGAACUUUGAAGAAGAAGGCCACAGACUUCAUGAAGCGCAGCGAAACCCUCCGAUCCUUGAGGCGGUCCUCGUCUAGCAGUGACUCCAGUCCUCACCCGUCGACCAACACAGGAACGGGGCCCCCUGCCCCUACCGCUCCGUUAGACAAAGGAAAGCGUCCCGUGACCCGUUCAGCUGCUGCUGCUGCUGCAGCGCGUAUGCCUCACGAUACGAAUCAGAUCAACAGCGCACAAAGAGGAGAAACCGCACGGCACGAAGGAUCUCACCAAAAAGCACCAGCCUGUAUGCAUUCUUCUGAUGUACCGCCUGCCAUACAUAAGCGACGCAAAUUUGAAGAGGUUCAAAAGCGUGACCGUCAAGGCUGCGUCGUGACACAUAAAGCAAAGCCCUUCGAGGGCGCCCAUAUAGUGCCAUUUGCCGUCAACUCAACCGAGGCCGGCCUUGGCUACCUGCCUCCCGCCCUUGCCAUUGCGGAGCGUCUCUUAGGAGAGUCGUUUGGACAGACCAUUCGAAGAAACUUAGACACUCUUGGGGGGACAGACCGUCCCUUCAACAUCAUUACCCUGACUCCUUAUUUGCACCGAUUAUGGGAUGCUUAUGGUUUUAUUGGUUUCAGACCCUGCUAUAUUGAUGCUGAGCAAGACAAGUCCGGCAAAACUCUAUACUUUGCCACGUUUACAUUUCACUGGCUUUUCAAGAACGCCUUGGAUGGGGACGUCGAUCUUGGGAAGAAUAUCACAGCGCACGACUGCUAUAUGAUGGUUGAAGAAUCGACUGAGUUCGCCGCCGAAAAGGACCGCUAUUUCGAAACGGUGUAUACGCCGGGCAGAGAACCACAGCGACUGCAGGAUGGACACGUCUGCCGAGUCGAGUUUGAAGACAGAAGGCUGGCAGAGCGUAUGAUGGUGAUGCUAGAUCUUCGUUGGCACGCCUCACGUCUUUUGCGCCUGUCUGGGAGAGCUGGGGACGACUUUCUCAAGCUCGACCCCAAUGAUGAUGACAGCGACUCCGACGGUUAUUAUCUUGUCUUUGAUGAGGAGGCCUCCAGGGGCGUCUGGGGUUCUGACUAUUAG